GCAGUGUUUAUCGUACAAGUGGUGUGUGCUGCUCUCCGUCAGUUACCCGCUGUUUGAAUGUGAUGACACGGUGUCUGGACUCAUCCCGUGCACUGUGACGGAGAAUGGGCUUUUUUCUAAAUGUUUGCGCUUUUUUUUACUAAAGCUAGAGGGAUAUUUAACGGACAGAUUAGCUCCCUAUUGUCCCUCGUUUUGACUGUACGAGGUGCUCGUGAAGUACUGACAGGCGGCUUUUUUGUGUGGCAUGUGAUAAGGACAAGAGAUUGAGGCGUGUUCACGGAUGUUACCGGGAAAAGGGGAGAAGAAGAGGCUUUCUUUUAUUUCCCUGUUGCCUGUGGAUGUGACUUUGUAUCCGCCUGGGUUCAGCAGGACAUGACGGAGCAGCGGAUGGAUUUUAUGGGGCUCCUGCUAGCUGUUGAAUGGCAGGAUGAACAAUGACUGUUGAGCUAUAAUAGUUUUUGUCUGGAUGCUUUAUGCGAUUUUUUUUUAUUUUAACGUGAAGGCAGUGAACGCAUUUUAUUUGUGUGAAGUGAGACCUAGCGUUGGUUAAACACAGCAAAGGGAGGAUCAUUUCAGGCGCGGCCAGGCAAGCCAACAAUGCGGAUUACCUCUUGACUGUUUGCCUUUGUGUCAAUUCUCACUGUUUGUAUAAAGUUUGAGAUAACACUUAACAGGACGAACACCCGGUUCUUUUUGCUCUAUUGUCUUGGAGACGAGACAAUACGUUGACGCGAGGUAUAAAUCCCACAUGUGCACAGGUUGUCUUUGAAACGGCAAACUGGCUGACAACAGAGCAACAGGGACAGCGAUGGCGAACGACUCCAUACAAAGUGACCCAGAUGGCCUGUCUGUUCUGGAGCAGCUCGGUCUGGACCAGAACUCGGACUUCUCUGAUUCCAGUGUGCAGCAGCUCCUGGACGAGCAGCGCGAAAGGAUCCGCAGAGAGAUCCGUAAAGAGCUGAAAAUCAAGGAAGGAGCAGAGAACCUACGGAGGGCGACGACUGACAAGAGGAACGCACAGCAGGUGGACAGCCAGCUUCGUUCUUCUAACCGUAAGCUGGACAACCUGCAUGACCAGCUGCAAGAACUGGAUGCUUACAUUGUGGUGAAGGGAGGAGAGGAGAACAAAGAUGAGUGUCCUCAGUCUCCUGGGGCGGAGUCUCGUACGUCAGCCACCAAGGAACGCAUCGCCGCUCUGAAGAGACAGCUCAACAUCGAGCUCAAAGUCAAACAGGGAGUGGAAAACAUGAUCCCCAUAUACGCCAAUGGAUCCACCAAGGAUAAGAAGAUGCUGCAGACGGCCCAGCAGAUGCUACAGGACAGUAAGACCAAAAUUGACAUCAUCCGCAUGCAGAUCCGCAAGGCUGAGCAGGCCACCGAGCACAAUGACGACACACAGGGUAACCAGGACCUCUGUGGGAUGGAGCUGCGUCUGGAAGAGCUGAGGCAUCACUACAGGGUGGAGCAUGCCGUCGCUGAGGGGGCCAAAAAUGUCCUCAGGCUCCUGGGGGCCAGCAAGGUCCAGGACAAGAAAGCCCUGUCUGAGGCACAGUCUCGUCUGAGCGAGGCGUCUCUGCGCUUAGACCUGCUGAGGCAGUCUCUGGACCGUCGCCUGUCAGAGCUGCCGAAGGACCAUCCCAAGGCCAGCGUCAUCAAAGAGGAGCUGGUCCUGGCCUCCUCCCCGGUCUUCAGCUCCCGCCACAGCGCCCCCUACCUCCACAACCAGUACAGCACCCUCAACAAGCCCUCACCUCUCACUGGUACCCUACAGGUGCAGCUGCUGGGCUGUGUUGGGCUGCUGGAGGUGGUCCCAGGUCGCAACAAAGGGACAGCCGUCAUGCUGCCCUGCUACAGCCCCGGAGACAACCGCUCCUUCAUGAGAGGAAGCAAAGGCCUCUACGGACGCAGCGGCUCAGUGAGUGGGAAAACACCCAGCAAGACAGACGAGCUCUCCUCCGAGGUGAGUGCUGUGCUGAAGCUGGAGAACAACGUGGUGGGCCAGACACCCUGGAAGACUGUGGGAGAACAGGCCUGGGACCAGACCUUCACUGUGGAGCUGGAAAGGUCGAGGGAGAUGGAGAUUGCAGUCUACUGGAAGGACUACCGCUCGCUGGCCGCCCUGAAGUACCUGAAGCUGGAGGAGUUCCUGGACAACCAGAAACACAGAGUUCAGCUGGAGCUGGAGCCUCAGGGCCUGCUGCUGGCAGAGGUGACCUUCUUCAACCCGGUCAUUGAGAGAGCUCCUCGCCUUCAGAGGCAGAAGAAGGUCUUUUCUAAGCAGCAAGGCAAAGCAUUCCUUCGGGCCCGUCAGAUGAACGUUGAUAUCGGUACGUGGGUGAGGCUGCUUCGAAACGCCAUCCCCACUGUCAACAACUCAGGAACCUACAGUCCCAAUGCACACAGCCUCACACUCAACUCUGGGGAGGUCUCAGUGGAGAAGUUGAGUCUGGACAGCGACUCUCCGAUAAGAAUGGAUUACAAGAGAGACGCGGACGGACAAACCCCGGACCAACUGCCCGUCAUCGAGCCCUUCUCUCCCCCAGACCUCACCCCCGAGUGCCCUGUCCGAACCCCAUCUGUUGGCAGUAAGCAGAGGAAGGGCCCUCUGUCUCUGCAGGACUUCAGGCUGAUUGCUGUGUUGGGAAGGGGACACUUUGGAAAGGUGUUGUUGUCAGAAUACAAGAAGACAGGCACAAUGUACGCCAUCAAAGCCCUGAAGAAGGGAGAUAUCGUAGCACGGGAUGAAGUGGAAAGUCUAAUGUGCGAGAAGCGCAUCUUUGAGGUGGUGAACCUGUCACACCACCCCUUCCUCGUCAACCUGUUUGCGUGCUUCCAGACGCCGGAGCAUGUGUGUUUUGUCAUGGAGUACACAGCAGGAGGCGACCUGAUGAUGCACAUCCACACUGACGUCUUCACAGAGCCCCGAGCCGUGUUUUAUUCAGCCUGCGUAGUUCUUGGACUUCAGUUCCUCCACGACCAUAAGAUUGUGUACAGAGACCUCAAGCUCGACAACCUGCUGCUCGACACAGAUGGUUAUGUGAAGAUCGCUGACUUUGGGCUGUGUAAAGAAGGAAUGGGCUUCGGGGACCGGACCAGCACGUUCUGCGGGACUCCAGAGUUUUUAGCCCCCGAGGUCCUGACGGAUACAUCCUACACCAGAGCGGUAGACUGGUGGGGACUGGGGGUCCUCAUCUAUGAAAUGUUGGUUGGAGAGUCUCCAUUCCCAGGGGAUGAUGAAGAGGAGGUGUUUGACAGCAUAGUGAAUGACGAAGUCCGCUAUCCACGCUUUCUGUCCACCGAGGCUAUCGGCAUUAUGAGAAGGCUGUUGAGAAGGAACCCGGAGAGAAGACUGGGCUCUGGUGAAAAGGAUGCAGAGGAAAUUAAGAAGCAGCCAUUCUUCAGAAAUGUGGACUGGGAGAUGUUGCUGCAGAGGAAGGCUCCGCCCCCCUUUGUCCCCUCCAUUGUCGGGAAGGAAGACGUCAGCAACUUCGACGAGGAGUUCACCACCGAACCUCCGGCACUCACGCCACCACGCGAACCUCGUGUGCUCUCCCGCAAAGACCAGGAGAGCUUCCGGGACUUUGACUACGUUUCCGACCUCUGCUAGUGGGCCUUGAAGACGAAGAGGAAUGUUUGACUUUAAAGGCUUCACAACGGUUUUAUCUGAGCGGACCACCGGUCCCAACUGACUGUCCGCUGACUGUUUGUCUGCCGUUAAUUACACUGUGAAUGAAUGUGGAGAGACCAGAGCCAGUCGGUCUGUGUUUUGUGUGUCUACAAGUUAUAAAGAUAGAAAGCUGAGAAAAUAAAAGCCAGGACGGACAGCUGGUGGGGUUGUACAAACGAAGCCCCCAAUCCUCGUACAUCACACCAGUGACUUGUGUAUCUUUACAAACAUUAGCCUUUUAAAUUACCUCCUCCCAUCCUCUUAUGUGUCGCUGUAUUCACCCGUGCAGCUGUGAGGAAGAGCUGCUGACUUUUUAAUGGCCUCUCAUACCAAUGCCUUACAUUUGUAUUUGAUCCACAGAAAAGCAUCAUGUUUUUAUGUUGUGGCCCGUUGUAUACAGCAGCAGGAAGAAGAGUGAGAAACCGAGAGGACCUGCUUGUGAGAGUGGGAAUUGUGAUGUCUCGUUCAGAGUGAAUUCGUAUUUGAAGCUUCCCCAGCAGUGGUGUGAUGAUGAGCCUCAGUCAUGCUGACCAAUGCUGGGCGAACUAUGAAAUAUAACUACGGGGUAAAGAAUCACUUCUUAAUUCCUUGGAAUUCUACCAACCACUUUUAAAAAUAGUGCUGCUUGGAUUUUAAUGAAUGCCACAAAUGUUACAAUUGCAAUUUUUAAGUAAUCAUAUUUUAUGACCGUUGACUCCUCAUCCAUUAUUCAGUACCAACCACAUACUUUUUAAUUGGAAAUGGUAUCACAACCAUCAGCAUUAAAUGCUAUGUAGCAAACAGGUCACUGUAUUUCACUUUUUUUUUAUUACAAAAAAAAACUGAACACUAAAACUUCAUGCACAAGUAACAUUAUUGUGUUUGUUCAUUCUGAGUUUAAGACGCAUUGCUCCAGUUAUCUACAUGCUACCAGAGUUUUGUGUACAUGAAGUAAGUAAUUUCCCCUCAAGACAUUUAUAUGUGACUUUAAACUCAACAAACUCUGGCUCUAGCAUUUGUUUUAGUGUCUGUUUUAGAGAACUGAUUCCAACAAUACAUUUAAAAGCUACCCGUGGUGGUUAUUGCAGAUGAAGUUAUCUUUGUUUCAGAUCAAACCAAUGGAUAUCUUGGUGAAUAUCUGGAAAAUCUGGGUGGUGACGCAAUCAAAAUAAAUAUUGUCGGCCACAUCACAUCCCAGCGAACAAGGUAUCUUGGCAAUACAUUUCUAAAGAAACAAUAUCAUUUAAAACACAAUGAUAUAUCUUGAAAAUAUGAGCCAGUGGUAUAAACAUUUCUGAGUAGAGGCGAGGUUUGUUGUGAAGCUGUAUGUAUGAUGUGUGGAUUUUACUUAUCUUGUGUUGUGUCAAAACAAAAACCAUGUGAGAGUAUGAGAUGACUUAUUUUAUAAAGAAAACUUGGAGUGAAUAA